AUGGCUUUGAAUUUGGGAUUCGUGGUUGGCAUCCUUGGAGUUGUAAUUCUCUCCCAUGCCGCUUAUUCAACCGUUCAAUACAGGGGAUUGUUGAAGAUUAUGGAGGAAGAGUUUUCAGGACCUCCAUUGAAUGUGGUUAUUGAAUUGCUUCUAGGGUUAGUGUUAUGUAUGUGGGCAGCUCUUACUGUCCCCGGCACGUUUCUUUCAAUACAUCCCCAUUCUGAAGAGAAUAGAACUGAAACAUGUUAUGAGUAUUCAAAUGGGGGUUAUCUGCAACGAGACAUUAUCAAAUUAUUGAGAGAGCUGAGUAGAAGUAAGCGUAAUGGGAUUAAGGGAGGGAAAUUAGAUCAUUUCUCUACCAGCCAACCUAGACUUUAUGAUCUUCAACCAUCGUGCCAGAGUGUUUCCCGUGGAGAUGGAUUUGAAGUUGAAACAUUGAGGUCUUUUCAAUCAAGUGAAGUAGGUGUAUUCAAGCAGGGCAUCGAGUUCAGUUUUUUUUCUGGCCUCUAG